UCAACUUUCUGACAUGAUGUUGCUGGUGAAGAUGUGAGGAGGACACCACUCGUAUCAAGGAACUCAACAUGAAGAUCCUGACGUUUCUCGUGUUAAUGCCUCUAAUGCAUCAAAGCUUCUCACUUUCCAGACCUCAGUGUCACUUCUGUAAGGAAACAUCGUGUGACUGCUCAAACCAAAACCUGAGGAAAGUCCCUGCAGCCCCCCCACAGCACAUCACUGAACUCGACCUCUCAUUCAACAGAGUGGAGACGAUUCUGCAGGACGAUUUUAGUGCAUAUGCCAGUUUGAGGUCUUUGAUCUUGAGUCACAACAAAAUCAAAACCAUCCAGGGACGAGCUUUUGUCCCCCUGACUCAUUUAGAGACACUGGACCUGUCCAUGAACCAACUGGCUGCACUGUCUGCUGACUGGUUUAAGAACCUUCUCUCCCUUCAGCACUUGAAUCUCCUGGGAAACAGAUACAAAACAUCGGGUGAAGUCGAUCUAUUCCAGCCUCUGAAGAAAUUAAAAACCCUCCAGUUUGGAGGACCUUACUUUCAGUCCGUCAGAGAAACAGACUUCUCUGGGCUGAGUGGUCUUCAGGAGCUGGUUUUUGAUGGGACAAACCUACGGAACUAUGCAGAAGGAAGUUUGAGACGAAUUGGGCCCAUCAGCCGUGUGACCCUCAGUCUGAAUGGUCCCUUUAACAGGAAUCGAACGCUCGUAGAAGUGGUUCUCUCAGAUGUUGUACACCCGACCACAACGCUGACUUUCACUGAAACAGUCUUCUUCUCCAAAUAUGACAUGUACCCACUGAAAGUGGCCUACAAUGGCGGUACUACACGUAUUAUUUUUAAAAACAUCAGCAUGGCGACUGCAGCAUGUGUAGCUCUUCUAAACAUGCUGCCAGACUCUAACAUAUCUAUGUUGGCACUUGAAGAUGCAAAAUUCCUCUUAUUUCCUGUGGGUGACAUUCGGACGAUCCCAAACUCUUUUUUGCGGUUGGAAGUUGCUGUCUUAAAAAACGUGGAUGUCCCCGAGUUCCUCAACUUCCCGGCUCUCUUUUUCCUGCAGCCGCUGCUGAGGGGGCUGCGACGGGUGACUGUGCAGAACUGCAAGGUAUUCGCCCUCCCCUGUGAAUCCGCUGCUGACUUUUCAAAGCUGGAGUACAUGGACGUCAGUGACAACUUCUUCAGUGAUUUAGCGCUGAGCAACAUGAUGUGCGACGGACGGGGGGGCCUGUGGAGUCUGCGAACCCUCAACGUCAGCGGAAAUCACCUGCGAUCAAUCAACAGCCACCUCUUCACCAAACUGGAAAACCUAAACAAUAUCGACAUGAGUGGAAACAUGCUUCACGUUAUGCCUGAGACGUGUACCUGGCCUCCCAGUCUAACGUUUCUAAACCUUUCAUCGACACAUUUAACAAAGGUGACCUCCUGUCUGCCGCCCAGUUUGCACGUCCUUGAUUUAUCCAACAAUGAGUUGAUCGUGUUCGACGUGGGAUUGCCUUUCCUCACAGAGUUGUACAUCACCGGCAACAAGAUCAAUAGUUUGCCUGUCGGUCGUUUAUACCCUCGCCUUGUAGCCAUCUCCAUUCAAAACAACGACUUACAGACAUUCAGCGGAAAUACUCUAAAUGCUUAUGAUAGUUUGAAGAGUCUGGAGGCAGCGGGUAACACGUACGUCUGCUCAUGUGACUUUGUGGAGUUGGUGACGAGCGGCUUGACGAAGCAUCGAGUCAGAAUCGAAGACGAGUUGAAGUCGUACAUAUGCGACUCGCCUGACGCCGUCAGAGGAACCAGCGUAGCGGACGUGAGGUUGUCGGCGUUCGAGUGCCAAGCAGCUUUAUCCUUUUCCUUGCUCUGCUUGGUUCUCCUGGUUGUGUUGCUGCUCAUUGCAGGUUUGUGUCACAAGUUCAACGCCGCGUGGUACGUGGAGAUGACCUGGGCCUGGCUGAGAGCCAAGAGGAAGCCAAAGUUGAAAAAGGGAGUGCUUGAGUACGACGCCUUUGUGUCCUACAGCGAGAUGGACUCCGGUUGGGUGGACGCGCAUCUGGUCCCGGAGCUGGAGCAGUCCGAGCCCCCGCUCCGACUCUGCCUCCACAAGAGGGAUUUCCGUCCCGGUGGAUGGAUCAUGGACAACAUCAUGGACGCCGUCGAGAAGAGUCACAAAACACUCUUCGUCCUUUCUCAGCAUUUUGUCCAGAGUGAGUGGUGCAAGUACGAGCUGGACUACACCCAUUUUAGGUUGUUUGAACAAAACGACGACACGGUUGUGCUGAUUCUGUUGGAACCAAUCGACAAAAAGACCCUCCCCAAAAAGUUCUGCAGGCUGCGGAGGGUCAUGAACUCCAGGACGUACCUGGAGUGGCCCGAUGAUGACAACCAGGUGGACAGGUUCUGGCAAAGUUUGAGAGCCGCUAUUAAAGACGUGUGAUUGAUAACGUGUCUGGAAAUGUGGGUUUUGAGUU